GUCCUUCUCAAUCAAUGUGAAGCUUCGUCAUAUUUCAGAUCUUUCAAGAAAAUGGUGUCAGUUUUUCAAAGUAUGAUAAACAAGAAAUGAUUUAUUGUAACAAGAUUUCUAUAAAUCACAGUCCAUUUCUUCCAGGUACUAUCAUCAGCAAAAUUUAUCCCGAUGCACGUGACCGGAACAGAAAUACACUAACCAAGAGUAAGAAGAAAUCUCUUAAUAAAAGCACCAAGAAGUAUAACUGUCAAAAAUCAAUGAACUUCUUGGAAUCCUGUACGUCUACAAAUUAGAUAAAUGGAAAACCCAAAAAAAAUUUCAUGUCCUGAAUGUGGGAAAUGUUUUAGGUCGAACUCUUAUCUUGUUAUACAUCAGAGAACUCACACAGGAGAGAAACCUUUUUCAUGUAGUGAAUGUAUGAAAUGUUAUGUCAGUAAAUCAGUUCUUAGGCAUCAUCAGAUAAAGCAUACAGGAGAGAAACCUUUUUCAUGUAGUGAAUGUGAAAAAUGUUUUCUCUCGAACUCACAUCUUGUUAUACAUCAGAGAAUGCACACAGGAGAGAAACCUUUUUCAUGUAGUGAAUGUGGGAAAUGUUUUAUCUCGAACUCACAACUUGUUAAACAUCAGAGAACGCACACAGGAGAAAAACCUUUUUCAUGUAGUGAAUGUGAAAAAUGUUUUAUCUCGAAAUCACAUCUUGUUAAACAUCAGAAAUCUCACACAGGAGAGAAACCUUUUUCAUGUAGUGAAUGUGGGAAAUGUUUUAGCUGUCACACAAGUCUUGUUUUUCAUCAGAGAACGCACACAGGAGAGAAACCUUUUUCAUGUAGUGAAUGUGAAAAAUGUUUUAUCUCGAAAUCACAUCUUGAUAGACAUCAGAAAACGCACACAGGAGAGAAACCUUUUUCAUGUAGUGAAUGUGAAAAAUGUUUUAUCUCGAACGCACAUCUUGUUGAACAUCAGAAAUCUCACACAGGAGAGAAACCUUUUUCAUGUAGUGAAUGUGGGAAAUGUUUUAAACUGCGCCAAUAUCUUGUUGUACAUCAGAGAACUCACACAGGAGAGAAACCUUUUUCAUGUCGUGAAUGUGGGAAAUGUUUUAAUCAAUACUCAAACCUUGUUAGCCAUCAAAGAGUUCACACAGGAGAGAAACCUUUUUCGUGUACUGAAUGUGGGAAAUGUUUUAAUGGAUAUUCAAGCCUUGCUAGCCAUCAAAGAGUUCACACAGGAGAGAAACCUUUUUCAUGUCCUGAAUGUGGGAAAUGUUUUAAUCGACACUCAAACUUUGCACGCCAUCAAAUAGUUCACACAGGAGAGAAACCUUUUCCAUGUUGUGAAUGUGGGAAAUAUUUUGCCCGUACAGGAGAUCUUGUGAAACAUCAAAGAAUUCACACAGGAAAUAAACCUUUCUCAUGUUCUGAAUGUGGGAAAUGUUUUAAUCAACACUCAGGCCUUGCUAGCCAUCAAAAAGUUCACACAGGAGAGAAACAUUUUUCAUGUAGUGAAUGUGGGAAAUGUUUUGUCAAUAAAUCAAAUUUUGUAACACAUCAGAGAAAAUUUUGUAACACAAUCGUUCUCAUGUCCUGAAUGUCUGAAAUGCUUUAGUCAUCAUGUAAAUCUUGUUAAAGACCAGAGAUCUCACACAGAAUAGAAAUGGUGUUGUGUUCUGAAUCUGAAAACUGUUAUAGAAAUUUUUAAGGUUUUAUGAGAUAUCGAUAAAUAAACAUUGGAAUAAA